AUGGUUACUCUCGCCGAUGUUAAGUCUUCGAAUGCACUCAUCCCCUCAACCCUCCCGCCAGGACUCGUCGCAGUUUUCGUAGGAGCUACCAACGGAAUUGGGGAAGUAACUCUCAAGAAAUUUGCGAAACAAUCCCGCCAACCACGCGUUUACCUUGUUGGCCGGUCUCAAGAUGCGGCGGAUCGUAUUAUCGCCGAGUGCAGAAUGCUCAAUUCGGCGGGCGAGUACAUAUAUAUAAAGGCGGACGUAAGCUUAAUACGAGUUGUGGACGAGGUAUGCGACAGCAUCAAGGCGAAGGAGAAGACCAUCAACCUGCUAUUUCUCAGCGCAGGACUUCCGGUCCUAGAUCGUAGUGAAACCUCCGAGCACCUCCACUUGUUAGCCGCCUUAACAUUCUAUUCUCGCUUUCGCUUCAUAACUAAUUUCCUCCCUCUUCUUCAACGCGCGUCUGGACUCCGCCGUGUGGUUACAGUCGCCGGAGGCGGUAUCGAAGGCAAGCUGGAUUCUACCGAUUUCCCAGCCCUCCGUAUCCGGUUCAUCGCAAUCCGUGGCCAUAUUGCCACUCUCAUAACUCUCGGACUUGAAAGUAUUGCGAGGAAUGCACCAGAAGUCAGCUUCGUGCAUGACUAUCCUGGCACGGUGUCCACCGCGCUCACUAAGAAUAUGCCGGGCAUAUUGGGAUAUAUUGCUAGGGCAUCUAUAUAUUUCUUCGGCCGCUGGAUAUGUGUGCCGCUUGAGGAGAGUGGUGAAAGGCACCUUUAUUUGGCAACGAGUGCUAGGUUUCCGCCUGCGAGCGGCGAUGGGGAUAACUCUGGCGUGCCGCUGGGAGAUGGGUUUGAUGUAGCGCAGGGGACUACUGGUGCUGGAAGCGGUGUUUAUUCGGUCGGGUGGGAUUGUGAGAGUGCAUCUGCUGCAGUACAGAAGCUGUUGGCUGGGUACCGGGAGAAAGGACUGCCAGAAGACAUUUGGCGGCAUACGGAGAGUGAGUUCAAAAGGAUCACGGUUCCGGAGGCGCGGCUUUAA